AUGUCGAACGAAGAGACCCACUUCGAAAAGACCAAGCUCAACACUGUCAAGUGAGUACGACUCGUCGACUAGUAUCUGAUGAGUGGUCCGGCCUCAGCUCGUGAUUGCCUCAUUACCCCACACGACAAUCCUCCGCGUUCGGCUUCGUGCGCCUCCGCUGCUGAGCUGACCUCCCAAGCCACUACCUCUUAUGUGUCCUCCUCUCAUUUCUCUCGCGUCACAGGUAUGCAAAACGAGGCCAUUAUGACAAGCGCCUGAUCUUCGCGAUCGUACGCGCGGUGCCGGUCGUGCACGUCGCUUUCGUCGACCGCGCCGACGGACUGCCUCAGUGCGUGCCCAUGGUCGCAGCGAUCGAGGAGACCGAAGACGGCGAGGUGUUUGUGUACCUUCAUGGUAAUUAUAACUGCGUGUGGCAGUGUUGUACAAGUGGGGCGCGAGGACUGGCUGGGGCUAUCGCUAGUUGCUGGUCGACCGGUCGGCCUGCGACAUUCUUCGGAAUCCGAGCAGGGCUCAUUGGGCUUCAUGACCUGCCGAUCACUCACCAUGCUAUCAGCGUAUGUCUUAUUUUAUUUAAUGCAGGUUCAUCCGUGACUCGAAUUAUGAAGAACAACGGAGAAGGAGGUGAGAUGGUCAACCUUUGUUGGGAUAUUGAAGUGCAUGCAGGUCUGACUGAAUUUUUUCUUUCUUGCCCCGCAGAACCCCUUUGCAUCACCGCGACUCUGGUCGACGCGUUCGUCAUGUCUUUAACUCCGUAAGUUCACACUGGGGUAGAUCAAAUAUGAUUCCGAUCUCCUUAGUGAACCCUUCCGCCGUCGGCUCAACAGUUUUCACCACUCGGUGCGAUAUCGUUCGGCCGUUCUGCACGGCACGACCUUCACCUUCUCGGAAGCGUACGACGGGGACGUGGAAGCGGCCAAAGUGCAUGCCUUGCACGUCACGACGAACGCGAUGUGCUCGCAACGAUGGGAGAACACGCGCUCGCCUCCGACCAGUGCCGAGAUGAAGGCCACGGGCGUGAUUCGGCUCCGGGUCGAGAGUGCGAGUGCCAAGGUUAAUGAGACAGGGCCGAAUGACGAAGCCAAGGUUAGUGAGCGGAAACAAGUCUCGAGAGCAGAGAGGUGCGAGAGCUGACGAACAUGAUUCUCCUCCGUUUGAAUUGGUACUGAGACUAGGAUCUCAACAACGAGGAGCUUGUCGCGAAAACCUGGACUGGUAUUUUGUGAGUCAGACGAAUGACUCGCCAAGUGACUCAUGUAUCCGAACGCAACACUCAUUUGCUACUUGAUGUCUCCCACCGACUCCAGACCCUUCAAGAUGGUUGCCGGUGACCCCCAGCCUUCGUCGUAUAGUUGCCAGGAGGUGCCGAGCCACAUCCGCGAUUUUCAGGCCGAGUUUGAGGCCAAGGACCGAGCGGCGUUCCCCGAGCCGAAAAAGUGCUGA